AUGAAAGCCCUCGUAUACAAAGCAGUUGGAGAGGUGAAGCUUGAGGAGCGCCCAAAGCCCAAAAUCACCCAUCCUGGCGACGCAAUUGUGAAGCUUACCAAGUCAACGAUCUGCGGCACGGAUCUACAUAUAACACAGGGAGAUGUAGCUACAUGCACUCCUGGACGGAUUCUAGGUCAUGAGGGUGUUGGAAUUGUGGAGGAGACAGGCGUUUCGGUUAGUGGGUUCAAGAAGGGAGAACGUGUUUUGAUCUCUUGUAUUUGCUCGUGUGCAACGUGCGAGUAUUGUCGAAGAGGAAUGUACUCGCAUUGUACAACCGGAGGUUGGAUUCUCGGAAAUACCAUCGAUGGCACACAAGCAGAAUAUGUCCGCAUCCCUCAUGCCGACUCCUCGUUAUAUCCCAUCCCCCCAGGGGCAGACGAGGCAGCAUUAGUCAUGCUCAGCGAUAUCUUCCCCACCGGUCUCGAAUGCGGUGUCAUAAAUUCCAAAAUCCAGCCAGGCAGUACAGUUGUAGUCAUUGGUACCGGUCCCGUUGGACUAGCAUCGAUCAUUACCGCCCAGCUAUAUUCGCCCUCCCUGAUCAUCGCCAUUGAUACGGACCCCAAUCGCCUAACUGUUGCAAAACAAAUGGGAGCCCAUCAUGCGAUUAACUCGGCGAGUGAGAAAAAUGUGGAGGAGGUCGUGAAGAAGCUCACCGACGGCAAAGGAUGUGAUGCGGUUAUCGAGGCUGUGGGUAUCCCUGCGACAUUCGAGCUGUGCCAGGCCUUGGUUGCUCCUGGAGGAGUCAUUGCCAAUGUCGGUGUUCAUGGAGGAAAAGUAGAUCUGCACCUGGAGAACCUAUGGGACAAAAACAUCGCUAUCACUACCCGCCUGGUUGAUGCGGUCACCACACCAAUGCUUCUGAGGCUUGCAGUCUCAGGGAAGUUGGACCCCUCAAAGCUUAUCACACAUAAAUUCCCUUUCUCAGAUAUGGAAAAGGCAUAUGGUACUUUUAGAGCGGCCGCAAAACACCAAGCUUUGAAGGUAUUGAUUGAAUUUGAUAAAUAG